GCGGGGUCCCCAUGGCCUGUCCUUAGCCUCCUCAGUCCUAGUUCCCCUUCCUCGUCGCCCACUCUCUCCGUUUCCUCGCGGUCAUUUUCCUAAUUGGACAGAGCUGUGGGGUGUGAUCGCCGGCGUCAGAUAUGGGGCCCCGAGGCUGCCAGGUGGGCACGGGGACUCUGGGACCGACGGAACAGCCCCUGCUGGCGUGCAGAGCUCAGGGAUCCGGCCCUUGUGCCACCGCCCCCCUAACCGCGGACUUGCUAACUACGAUGCUCUCCUAGCCAGCCGCCACGGGAUGGAGGGCUUCAUGGACUCAGGGACACAGACGGAUGCCGUGGUGGUGCUGUCCUUGGCUCAGGCCGCUGUGCUGGGCCUGGUCUCAGAAAAUGAGCUCUUUGGAGCUACCAUAAGCGCCGAAGCCUUCUACCCAGACCUGGGGCCGGAGCUGUCUGGGGCAGCCCUCGGGGAGCCUGGGCCUCCGGGGCCUGACGUCUACCAGCUGGCCUGCAACGGGCGGGCCCUGGAGGAGCCGGCAGAGGAGGAGGUGCUGGAGGUGGAGGCAGCCUUUGAGAAGCACACCCGGCGGAAGACACGGCCCCCUGUGCGGCUGGUGCCCAAGGUCAAGUGUGAGAAAGUGGAGGAGGAGGAGGAGCAGGAGGUCUACGAGGUGUCCGUGCCUGGUGAUGACAAGGAUGCAGGUCCAGCAGAGGCCCCAGCUGAGGUGGCCAGUGGCGGCUGCGAGGCCCUGGUGCAGAGCAGUGCCGUCAAGAUGAUCGACCUCAGCGUCUUCAGCCGCAAGCCCCGGACGCUGCGGCACCUGCCCCGAACCCCGAGGCCAGAGCUGGACGUAGCCCCUUAUGACCCCCACUUCCCUGACCCGGCCCGGGAUGGCUUCCCCGAGCCCAGCAUGGCACUGCCCGGGCCGGAGGCCUUGCCCGCAGAGUGUGGUUUUGAGCCGCCCCACUUGGCCCCACUGAGCGACCCCGAGGCCCCCACCAUGGAGUCCCCGGAGCCCGUGAAGCCGGAGCAGGGCUUUGUGUGGCAGGAGGCAGGCGAGUUCGAGGCGGACGCGGCUGGCUCAACGGUGGAACGCCACAAGAAGGCCCAACUGGACCGGCUGGACAUCAACGUGCAGAUCGACGACUCGUACCUGGUGGAGGCUGGAGACCGGCAGAAGCGCUGGCAGUGCCGCAUGUGUGAGAAGUCCUACACAUCCAAGUACAACCUGGUGACGCACAUCCUGGGCCACAACGGCAUCAAGCCGCACUCGUGCCCGCACUGCAGCAAGCUCUUCAAGCAGCCCAGCCACUUGCAGACGCACCUGCUGACGCACCAGGGCACCCGGCCCCACAAGUGCCAGGUGUGCCAGAAGGCCUUCACUCAGACCAGCCACCUCAAGCGCCACAUGCUGCUGCACUCGGAGGUCAAGCCCUACAGCUGCCACUUCUGUGGCCGCGGCUUUGCCUACCCCAGCGAGCUCAAGGCCCACGAAGUGAAGCAUGAGAGCGGCCGCUGCCACGUCUGCGUCGAGUGUGGCCUGGACUUCUCCACCCUGACCCAGCUCAAGCGCCACCUGGCCUCCCACCAGGGCCCCACCCUCUACCAGUGCCUCGAGUGCGACAAGUCCUUCCACUACCGCAGCCAGCUGCAGAACCACAUGCUCAAGCACCAGAACGUGCGGCCCUUCGUGUGCACGGAGUGCGGCAUGGAGUUCAGCCAGAUCCACCACCUCAAGCAGCACUCGCUCACCCACAAGGGUGUGAAGGAGUUCAAGUGCGAGGUGUGCGGCCGGGAGUUCACCCUGCAGGCGAACAUGAAGCGGCACAUGCUGAUCCACACCAGCGUUCGGCCCUACCAGUGCCACAUCUGCUUCAAGACCUUCGUGCAGAAGCAGACCCUCAAGACCCACAUGAUUGUACACUCGCCCGUGAAGCCAUUCAAAUGCAAGGUGUGUGGGAAGUCCUUCAACCGCAUGUACAACCUGCUGGGCCAUAUGCACCUGCACGCGGGCAGCAAACCCUUCAAGUGCCCCUACUGCUCCAGCAAGUUUAACCUCAAGGGCAACCUGAGCCGGCACAUGAAGGUCAAGCACGGCGUCAUGGACAUCGGCCUGGACAGCCAAGACCCCAUGAUGGAGCUGACCGGCCCCGACCCCUCUGAGCUCGACAGCCAGCAGGAGAUGGAGGACUUCGAGGAGAACGCCUAUGCCUACGCCGGCGUGGACAGCAGCGCCGAGGCCAGUGUCCUCACCGAACAGGCCAUGAAAGAGAUGGCCUACUACAAUGUGCUAUAGCACAAGCCGGGCCGCCCAGAACGGGGCGAGGAGGGCGUGGGGCGUGGGGGGAGACCCCUGUGCUGCGGGCUGCACCUCCUGCAGCUGAGAAACGAGCUACUGCCCCACUGUCCCGAGCCCUCCCCUCCCACUCAGUUAUUUGCACCACUGGGGACUUUUAGACCAAGUGGAGACUGUACUACUGGCCUCAGCUGUGAACCCGGCACCGGCCCCAGGCAUUCUAGGGAAGGAAGGGUAACACGGGAGGCCCAGGUCUGGGUCUCUCUGGCCUGCUGCUCUGGGAGGGCAGGAGAAAUGCAGAUGGGGGCCAUUUGGAGACAGGUCACAAGGGCACAGGUUCUCAAGUCUCUCCAGGCCCAGCAGAGCUGGGGCAGCCAGUGAGGGCAGGGCCAUCCUGGCAGCUCCUCAGGGGUCCUGUCACUGGAGGAAGAGAUCUCUUGAGCCAUGCCCCGUUUUCCCUCUGGACCACCUCCUGCCUCUAGGGAUGUUUUAGCUCUUGUGCUGGUCAGCACUGCCCCCCUCAACCCCAACUAGCCCCUGGACUGGGAAGCGCCCAGGCCCCAGAGUCCCCUUCCCACCCUGUCCAUGGACAGCUCGGCAGGGCCCUCUGCCUUCUACCUCCUGGUGCCUCCCACGCUCUCCUCCAGCCAGGUGUGCAUGCGGCCCCAGUCCUGGCUUUAGGAAAGUGGGGUGUAGCCCAACUCCCAGCUACCGUCCUCUCCAGCCAACCCCCUGAAAGCCCCCAUCUUACAUCCCUAUUUGGAGGUAGGUGUCCCUAAAGUGGAUUUCAACAAUCAUCCAGUUCUGCCUCGAACUGGGGCAGGGUUCCCCCACAAAGCCAGGGCAUGCCUUCAGUCAGGCACACACUAACAAAGACAGAUGAAGGCCCCCCUGGAGUGAGGGGGCAGGGCAUGGUGAAGGGGCCACUGGGGACCGAGAGGGGCUGUCCUCAAGGACACCCUAUAUGGGGGGAAGGGGGACUGGAGUUUUUCUCUUAUUUAAGGACUAACAAGUAUCCAUUUUGAGGGUGGGGAUAGCCAACAGUCAGCAGGGUCCCGGGAAGAGCAACAUAUUUAAAAAGGAAAAUGAAGACCAUAGAGAAGAAAAAAAUUUUUUU